AUGCUAACACAGGAGUGCAAUGCAUUAAUCAACAAUAGACUACCCAAGAAACAGAAGUACCCGGGAAGCUUCACAGUCCCGUGCUCAAUCGGAGGGUUCGACGUGGGACAUGCGUUGUGUGAUCUGGGAGCAAGCAUUAACCUCAUGCCACUCUCAAUCUUCAAGAAAUUGGGAAUUGGUGAAGCACAACCCACUUCUGUAACUCUUCAACUCACUCAUAGGACGAUCAAGUACCCUGAAGGAAAGAUUGAAGAUGUUCUGGCAAACGUUGACAACUUCAUAUUCCCAGUGGAUUUCAUCAUCCUAGACUAUGAAGCAGACAGGGAUGUACCAAUUAUUCUUGGACGACCCUUUCUAGCCACUGGGAAAGUAUUAAUAGACGUGCAUAAAGGAGAAUUGACCAUGUGCAUAGACAAUCAGGAAGUGAAGUUUAAUGUGUUAAAUGCAUUAAAGUUCCCAGAUAGUGAAGAAUGA